CCCCAUCGGGGACGGGGAGCAGGAGGCACCCUGAGAAGAGCCCAGAGCAGCGCUGCCAGAGCUGUAGGAGAGGGGCCAUGGAGCAGUACUUCUCAGCCACCCAGAAGAUGGAGCAGGAGGUGAUGUUCCCCAGCUUGCUCCGAGGGGUCUUCCCGCAAGAGGAGGGGGCGGCCCCGGCCGCAGGCAGCCACACAGACCUCUAUGAGCGCUACCAGUUGCUCAAGGCCAUCAAGCCCAUGGUGGAGAAAGGCCUGGCCUCCGUCAACGACCAGAGCCCGACCGGUGCCGACAGCGACACGGACACAUCCUCGGACGGCAACGAGGCUGUGGAUGCCCAGCUGGAGAGGCGCCUUUCCCACCACCUGACGGGCUUGCAGCAGGUCCUCACCCACCUCACCAGGGACACCAACGCCCUCACCCGGAGGUACAGCCAGAUCCUGGAGCAGAUCAACCUCAGCGAGGGGCAGCCCAGCUGGUGAUCCUGUCCUGGACACCAGGAAGAAGCAUCUGGCUGUGCUGGGAACUCCAUUGGGAGAGCUGCAGACUCGUGACCUCCUCUUUAUUUUCAAAGAGCAGGACGAAGGUGGAGGUGUUGUGCCACGGCCCCAACCUCCAACAGUUCCUUGCAACUGCCGAGCCCUUUUCCAGCUGGUACCUGGACUCCAAGGGUAUUUCCCCCAGUCUUUGUUAAUAAAAGAAGCCCUGUGAAGCCA